AUGGCUCCCCAGCGCUGGACGACCGAAGAGCAAUUCCAAUGGCUCGUGUCUUGGGGGUCUUCGUUCCGCCAACACCGCGAGGCCGGCACUCUGUCACGUUUCUGGCCCGAGGUCGGCCGCGAGUGGUUCAAGGUCUUCCCAGAGCGGAACACCCUCUACCCAGACUUCCACGGCCCGCUCACGGAGGAUGAGGCGGCUGCGUUGGAUAAGGCAAUAGGGAACCGUGCAAAGCGACUGCGCAACUGGUUCAACAACAAAAAUGGUCAGAAAGCACGCAGAGCGGAGUCUGCUCGUGUCGACCUAAACAUCUUGAAGCCCCGAGGCCGACGGGCCUUGCAAGCCACAGAGGUUUACUCUCGCAAGUACUACAAGGAUCGCGUGAAACCGCUGGUCGACGAUGCCCUCAAAUCCGGGGACUACGACAAAACUGCGCGACUCAACCUGAUUAAGCGUCUGACACGCGAGACGUACGAGGACGAGUCUCCCGAGAUCAAGGCCGAAGUUGAGGCCGAGGUACUCGCCGCGAGGCAGGAGCUUGUUGAGUCCAGUGAUGAGGGAGGCGAUGGCGACAACGAGGAGCGUGACACGACACCUGCGAGCUCCGUUAACGCCGUGUAUCGCCAGGCGGCGGUGGAUAACUUACCUGCUAUGCUGCGACAGUUGUUUGCUGAGCUGCGACGUCGCACGGGAUGGUACUUCUACACGGUUGGAGCAGGGUUGAAUGACGAGGGGAGGGUGUCGAGCAUGGCCUUUCACGAAGAGGGUUCCAAUGCCGUCGACUUCGGCAUGUCGACGCCGGACUUCAGAGGCAAUUUUGUACGGCCAUUCAUUGAACAUGUCAAAGAUUUGUUGGCCAUGGACGAUACUGGUGAACCACUCCCUGCGGAUGACGUUGUGCCGAACGUUCCAGCCGAGGACCAGCCCAACGUCAACCUCGGCGCAAUCGAAGCGGGAGAAGCCAUUGCACAGAACGCGCUUCCUUCAGUCAGCAGCCCGCCGUCUCCCGCUUCUGAACACGACGCGAUGUUGCCUCCAGCUGGUCCCAAUAUAGCACCUUCGCCUCCAUCCACCGGUCUGCAGCCAUCGGCACCGUCUCCACCUGCUUCUCAGGAGCAAGAUGCGAUGCUGCCGACGGCCGUGGCCUCCAGCGCAAACACGACGACUAGCAACGCAUCUGGGACGGGGGAAGUGAACGAGGAUGCAGUCCAGCCCAACAACGGCUAUGCUGCUGGCCCCAGCACCAGCGCGUACGUUGAUGACGAGUACGAUUACUCGCUCCUCAAAGACCUCCCCUACGGAGGCUUCUCCGAGUUCAAUCCCGACCCGCCUCGUCUGCCUCCAACCACGUUUUCUGAGGAGUUGAUGGGCUUCAGCCAACCCGCCAUGAUGCCUAAAGAAAUGGGAGCACCGUCAGGGGUGCGCGAGCUCAACAACUCGGCGACUGCACGUUACGCGACACCCUCCACGACAGGCUCUCUCAGUCGCGAUGUAUUCCCUUCGCCAGGGAAGCCUAUUCCGACUUGGAAUAUGCAGAUGUACUCCUUCCCAUCCCAUCCUCACUCGAGUAGCCGGCUUGCCGAGUCCUUACCCAGCGUGCACGCUGAUGCCCCGCUUGCGUCCUCCUCGCACGGGUUUCCUGAUCCUUUGUACUCUGUAUCUGCCGCUCGGCCUGCGAUGUUUACACAGGCUACUCCGAGUCUGUCUGUUCAGUCAACCACUACAGCUACGCCUGCUGCUGCGACCCUGUCUGCUCAGUCCAAAGCAGCAUCGCCAGGCGGCGUGCGCACUUAUGACCCGUCUGCGUCCUCCUCGCAGGGUCCUCCUCAUUCUUCGCCUGCCUUGUCUGCUGCCCCGCCUGCACCGUCAAUGCCGGCGGCUGCGUCUGUUCAGUCAUCCGCCGCUACGCCCACUGCUGCAACCCAGUCUGCUCGGCCCUCAGUAACAACGCCCGACCCGGCCCCUCCCGCUUCCGCUGACAACAAUGUGCCGGCCUUGUCCACGUCGCCCAAAGCCCAUGUAUCCCUGCCUCCAAUCCCACCGCGGGGUGCUUCAAGGUCACUGUCUGCAGCCAUCGCGGGCAGCUAUCUACAGCGCCACAACAUCGAGCGUGGAAACCAUAUCACAUCUCCUACGGUUCCUAGCGCUGCGUCUCGAACCGUCCCCUCGCUGCCUGCUACCCCAGCUCAGGCAGCAGGCAAUGGCGCUGCUGCUCAGCCAAUCAUUCGGUCUGAUCAUGGAACGCCUUCGCACACCGGUGCUAGGCCGCCUCGCUCCUCGCCCAUCGGUCCACCCGAGAGUCCUACUCCAGCCAUUCCUCCACCAACGCAGACCACGAUGAACAAACAAACCGAAUUGAGGGACUCACCGAGUAGCGAUCCAACAGCAGCCGACUCAGCACCGGCUGACGCGGCGCUGGAUGUGCAGACCCAGGGUAGUGUUGCGGGAGGCCGAGGUCGUCGGGACCGCCGUGCACCAAUCCAACCCGACGGUACACGCGCCGAUGGGCCUACGAUUCGCGCUCAAAAGAAGAGUACUGAUACACAAAAGGCAACACCAGCUGGAGGUAGCCGUGGCUCCGGGUCUUCGAAGAGGAAGGCGAUUGAUAACUCGGCGGAGGAGCCACGGGGGUCGAAGAAACGGCGAUGA